ACGGGGAUGAAAUUUGCCUAGAACGAUCACAACCCAAUUUUUUAAUCCACAGCAAAAUUAGUACACUCACAAAAGGAUAAUUAAGAUGAAAGUUAUUUUUGCAUUGGUGUUCUCUGCGCUUUUGUGCGACAUUUUUGCAUUUAAGCUCCCAGCUGAGGAAUUUUCCGUGGUCCACAAUUCCAGCACGAAAGCACUGGUGUUUAAGGCAGAUUUCAGUCAGCCGACGCUAAGCGCUGCGUUUGGAGGAGCCUCCAUCAGCUAUGGGAACCAUAAUGUCAUCUUGUGGGCAAGUGGGGGCGGUAUCGAGGUCCGCUAUCCGGCCGGCUCUUACGUCCCUUCCGGUCCUAUUGUGGGUGGAUUCGGAAUCUGGAGCAGACACCCCGUGAACUCCAACACGGCCGUCUUCAAGUAUGGCGUCUACUUUCCACCAGACUUCAACUUUGUCAGGAGGAAAGCUGCCUGGACUUUACGGGGAAAGACAUCGUGUUCUGGGGUGAUCCUGCCGUCGAUUGCUUCUCGACUAGGAUGAUGUGGAGAGAAAACGGUUUGGGGGAGCUGUAUCUCUACGCCAACAGGGAGGCUCAAGACCCUGCAAUCUGCCAAAUGCCCAACAAUUACUGCAGCCCAACUUACGGCUGGUCCCUCAACACCGGAUCUUUCACCUUUCGACGAGAUGCGUGGACGGACAUUGAGGAAACGGUCAGUCUAA